GAUACAGUAUCGGAUGUCUCACAAUCACAGACAACAGACCUAAUCAGCCACCCAACUUCGGGAUGCGAUUAGUAUCAAGUUAUGGGUGAGGCCGUUGAUGUUCGCAUCUUAUCGGAGCUGACACCGUCCCUAUUGUACACGGAGAAAUAUUCAGUGACGAAUGACGAUUAGGGUGGAUUGUUAUCUCGGAAGGACUUCCUAGUUCUUGGAAAAUAUUUCAGUCGGCGUGCAUGUGAUUUUGAUCCUUCACAGGAAGAGUGUUAGCUGUAAAGUUUUUCUUCAGGGCUGCACAAAGAUGCCGGGUUCCAAAUGGACACCUGUAGUUGUUCUGCUUGUUUGUCUCUGCAAGGCCGUUGAUUGUUUGCCGCCAACAUUUGACCGGAUAAAUUCAAUACAAGUGAAAGAAAACAAAGCUAAGGAUACCGCAAUCGGUGUUCUGACUGUGAGAGAUGUAACCCUUUCCCACAUCACAGUGACAAUGUCAACGACAACACAACAAUACGUGUAUUUAAAUCAGCAUACCAGCACCUCUGGCUUCUAUAACGCCAGUAUAGUUCUACAGAGACAACUGGACUACGAAACAGAUGGAAGCUCGCUGAAACUGCUCUUUACAGCCACCAACCCAUCAACUCCGGACGGAGUCCGUCAAAUUGUGACAGUCAUCAUCGAAGACGUCAAUGAUGUCCCCCCACAGUUCCUGGAGCUGCCCUACUCCGUCUCUGUCCCAGAGAACGAAUCCAUCAGCACUGUCAUCUUCACAGCCAUUAGUAGGGAUCCCGACACAGGGAUAGGGGGUUUAGUUAACUACACCAUGAAGACAUCACAUGCGGAUUACACAAGCAAGUUUAAUGUAUCCAGUACUGGGAACGUGACACUGAUUGGAGGGCUGGACUACGAAACUCUCAGUUUCUAUCAGUUUACAAUCGUUGCCACUGAUGGAGGAGGCCUGACCAGCGAGGCCCAGCUGUUUGUGACUGUAACAGAUGUCCAGGACAGACCACCAUACUUUACUGGAGGGCCCUACUUACCUCAUAUCUGGGAGGACCAUACUGUGAACAGCAGCGUCGUAACCAUCUCGGCACUUGACGGAGACAGAGGCAACCCCAACAACAUCAACUACAGGAUCACAAACGGAACGUGUCCUGGAUAUUUCAACGUCAACCCAACAAGUGGAUCCAUUGACCUGAUCAAGGAUGCGGACAGAGACAGCGGGAUAGUUCUCCAGAACAACGGGAUAUGUGUUAUCAAUAUCCAGGCUGUGGAGGUGACGUCCUCGGGUACAUUCGGUGCUACCGCCAACGACACAGUGACCGUGACAAUCAAGGACAAGAACGAUAACUCUCCUACGUUUAACAGCUCCCACUACGAGGCAACCAUCCAGGAAAACAUGCCGGCAGGGAUACCCAUCACCUUCACGACACAAACAGUACAUGUGGAGGAUUUGGACCAGGGGGACAACGCCAAGCUAUCGCUGACACUGGAUUCAUAUUCAUCGACGUACUUUGAGAUUGUCCCGUCCACGGUCCAGGGAUCAGCAAGUCUGCUGAUCAGAGUGAAGGAUAACACCAUCCUGGAUUAUGAACAGAGACAGAACAUUACACUGACGGUUUGGGCCAACGAAACCUCCACACCAGAGGGAAACAGUGCAUCUACCACCAUUCAACUGAAUAUAACAAAUCAGAAUGACAACAGUCCCAACUUUACCAGGUCAGACUACAGCGCAUCUGUCCGGGAGGGUAGCAACGUCUCCACAUCUGUCAUCACCGUCAAGGCUCUAGACUACGAUUUGCCAAACUUUGGAGCUGUCAAUUAUUCACUACGAGGUGACGAUGGAAUGUUCGCCAUCGAUCCCUCUGGCCUGGUAACUGUGGCCUCUGACCAGCUGGACAGAGAGACCAAGUCUGUGUACUACAUAUCGGUGGAGGCCACAGACCCCGGAGGAUUGAAGGACACCGCUCAGCUCACUGUCAACAUCACGGACGUCAACGACAAUCGACCGGUAUUUGGAAGGGACUACGACGGGUAUUUGAAAGAAAAUGAUACCUCCUUUAGUAGACCCAUUACUGUCUCGGCCACAGACGAUGACGUCGGGGUCAAUGCCCAAGUGACGUACAGCAUCAACCGGACCUACCCAAGCGGCCUCGACGCCCACUUCGCUGUGGACGGCGUCAGCGGUGUCCUCUCUGUGCCCUCUCCUCUGGACUAUGAAACCGUGAACAGUAGCCUGGUCGUUGUGUCCGUAAGGGCAACAGACAACGGGACACACCAACUCUACUCAGAUGUUAACGUGACACUUACAUUGCAGGACAUAAAUGAUAACACGCCAGUAUUCCAGCCAGGAUCAUAUAAACAUAGCAUUCCUGAAAGAACAGGCACAGGAAGCUUGGUACUCACAGUAUCUGCUACGGAUGAUGACGGAACCGAUCCGAAUAACGUCAUUUAUUACACCAUUGUUAGUGGAGAUGAUGGUAGGUUUCGUAUUAACCCAAACAGUGGAGAAAUAUCUACAAGUGGCAUCCUGGACUAUGAAUCAAAGACAAACUACAGCAUGACAGUAAUGGUUCAGGACAGAGGCUCCCCUGAACGUAAUUCAACUGCACUAGUUGAAAUUGGCAUCAUCAAUGUCAAUGAUGAAAUGCCAGUAUUCGGAGCCAGCGAUAAAACAGUUAGUGUUAAUGAAAGCAUCGCCUGGAACAGACACGUAGAAGACUUCAGCGCCACCGAUGCCGACCCCGAUAGUCUCCUGCAGUACACCAUUACCCACGUGAGCGGCAUCAACGAGGAUCAGCAAACCGUUUCAUCACAAGUACAGAACUGGUUCCGGGUUAACAGUUCAACAGGUGAAAUCACAGUAUCAGACAAGAUUGAUCGUGAAACUGCUCAACAGGUCACUCUGAGUCUACAGGUGAACGACACAAAUGCAAGCGUGGGACAUCAACCGCAAAACGAUGCAGGAACUCUUGUCAUCAAUAUACUUGACGCCGACGACAACGCCCCGACCUUCAACGACAUCACCUACAAUGCGUUUAUAACAGAGAACAUGGAUCGGGGAACACCCAUCACUUUCCGUACACCAGAUUCUAUGAACGUAUCGGAUCCCGACUUGAGGGACAACAGCUACCUGUCCUUGACCUUGUCUGGCCCUUAUGCGGGAUACUUCACCAUAUCCCCAAACACGGUGCAGUCGUCGGUUACUCUUUCAAUCAGGGUAGACAACUCGUCCAUACUGGACUAUGAAAAGGAAAAGUCAUUAACAUUAACUGUAGUUGCGAGUGAACCACGUGGCGACAAUCACCUUGAGAGCAACUGUACCGUUACGUUAUCUAUACUCGACGCCAACGACAACGAUCCGGAGUUCCUAAACGUCCCCUACACUGCUAGUGUUAGCGAGCACGCAGCAAACAACACUCCCGUAUACAAAGUGAACGCUACCGAUGUGGACACGGGACAAGGGGGUGAUGUGACCUUCACCCUCCAAGGAGACCAGACAUACUUCAGCAUAGACACCAUCAGUGGCCAGGUAUACACGAAAGGGAAGGGCCUGGACAGAGAGAGAACCGACACCUACUUCCUGACGGUGCAAGCAACCGACGGCGGAGGGCGACGGCAGACAACAUUGCUCACUGUUAACAUCACCGACUACAACGAUGAGGUGCCAAUCUUUAAGAGAGACUACUACGACGGUAACCUCAUUGACGGACAAGAUGCAUUUACCAGGCCAAUUAUUGUGGAGGCUAGUGAUGACGACGAAAGCAAUACACCAAACAGCGAAGUCCGGUACAGCAUAACCAGCUGGCCAGUGGGUCUUCAGAACAACUUUACCGUGGAUCCGGUGUCAGGGGUGAUGACCGUGAAUGGUUUGUUUGACUACGAGAGCCUUGAUGCCAGUAUCAGCGAUACUCUAACCUUCAACCUAACAGCGUCGGACCAAGGCUCUCCAGUUCUGUCAUCAAGUGUGGUUGUCAACAUCUCAAUCCAGGAUACUAAUGACUUCUCUCCGGAAUUCGAUUCACCAAUAUAUACAGCAAGCGUUAGAGAAGAUAUUGGCCAAGGGCAAAAGAUAACCAGAGUUGGUGCCACAGACGGCGACAGAACGUCUCCAAAUAAGGACAUUUUCUACUUGAUUGACAGCGGAGGAUUAGGGAAAUUUCGAAUAGACAGCUCUUCUGGUGAUAUCCUACGUGCUGGUGAGCUAGAUCGCGAGAGUGAGGCUUACUACAGUCUCAUCGUGGUUGCCAUGGACAGAGGAACUCCAUCUCUGUCCAGUUCUUCUGUUGUCAACAUCAGCGUCACAGAUGUCAAUGAUGUGGGUCCGGUAUUUAACUCCUCAUCUUUGUCUGUGGACGUCAACGAGACAACAUUAACACAUGUGCUUUUUACCGCGUUCGAUCCCGAUUUAGACGCUAACCUGACCUAUUCCAUUGACUGGACAAAGAGCUACGGAGUGGAUGGAGAACAGAAUCGAACCAGUUCUGCAGAGCUCAAGUCUGUGAUCAGCAUUGAAGAGCUCACUGGAGAAGUGGUGAUUAGUAGUAACCUUGACCGCGAACGCAUGGAGUUAGUGACGUUGGUCAUCGGCGUUAGGGAUGAGAAUGGUACUACUGGACAGACAGCUACAGGGACCCUGAACAUCAAUGUAGUCGACGUAGAUGACAAUAUGCCGCAGUUCAACAACGACACAUUUGUUGCCGAUAUCAGAGAGAAUAUGGCAACUGGAAUCCCAAUCAGUUUCAAGGUUCCUUCCAGCAUGACCGUCUCUGAUAAAGACCAGGGUGAGAACAGCUGGUUUGAGCUGAGCCUAGGGGGCAGUACCGACUUCACACCGGUGCCCAAGUUGGUCAGGUCAUCUGCUACUGUGCUGAUCACGGUCACAAAUCCGGAUAUCUUGGACUACGAACUGAGACAUUCUGUCAAUUUUACUAUUAUGGCGAAAGAGCAGUAUGGGAACGGCUUCAAUACAACAGCGUUUGUUCAACUAAGUAUUCUUGACGUCAACGACAACGAUCCAAAGUUCGUAAAACCUGAAUACUCAGCCGAGAUUCGUGAAGAUAAAACCAAUGGCACAAGCGUCGUUAAUGUCACAGCGACUGAUAACGACUCAGCCAUAUUUGGUAUGGGAACGUAUACUCUACAAGGAGGACAAAAUCUUUUCGACAUAAACAAUAUCACGGGCGAGGUGACGGUGGCCAGUCACCUGGACCGAGAGCGCCAGUCUCAGUACUUCCUAACCGUGGUCGCCACCGACAAAGGCGGACGUCGUUCAACUGUGCAGCUGACUGUCAACGUCACCGACUACAACGACAACGCUCCUGUGUUCACCAGGGACGCAUACGACGCUGUGCUGAACGAAAACUCCAUAGCGUUUGGCAAGACUGUAAAAGUGCAGGCUACAGACCUCGAUGAAGGUACCAACGGUGAAAUACGAUUCUCACUCUACCCUUCAACGUAUAGUUCCAAUUUUACUAUCAACGACACUUCGGGGGAGAUAUCUCCAAGAUCGGCGUUGGACUACGAACUCCUGAACCGCUCGAUCGGUGGUCUAAUCGAACUCCUUGUGGUUGCCACGGAUCGUGGUAACCCCGCCUUGUCAUCUAAUGUGACACUGUCUAUUCAGGUUCAAGAUCGGAAUGACAACGCACCUGAAUUUGUCAAAUCCUCGUACAGGUACAAUAUCACGGAAAACUCAGUAAGUUACUCAAACAUUAGUUCGCAAGUUGGCAAUGUUCUCGCACAAGAUGGAGAUGGCAGCCAACCAAACAAUGACAUAUUCUAUCUGAUCCAGAGUGGGAGUUCAGAUAAAUUUACCAUUGACAGUGGGUCGGACAUUGUCACCAGUGGGAGUCUGGACCGCGAAACAGAGGCUCAGUACAACCUCACUGUGGUUGCUAUAGACAGGGGCAACCCUCCCUUAUCAGGAACGGCGACCGUGACAGUGAACAUCAUCAACAUCAAUGAUGAAACACCGGUGUUUACACAAUCUUCAGUCACUCUUAGCGUUGCUGAGAACAAGGGUGUCAGUCAAGUGCUGCAUACCUUGUCUGCUCAGGAUGAUGACGAGGAUGCUUCGCUGAACUAUACUAUUGUCUGGAGCGAAAGUGAAGCAUUUGACGACAAACAAGCCUCUCUCAACACGUCUUUCUUAAAGGAUCUCCUCAGCGUGGAUUCUAGCACUGGAUCAAUCAUUCUGAAGCAAACCCUGGACAGAGAGACAGUGGAAACUAUCAAACUCGCCAUGUAUGUGGAAGACGAAAAUGCACAAGACCCUUCUCCACAGACUGCCACAGCGACCAUCACCUUCAUCGUCCUUGAUGAAAAUGACAACGACCCGAAGUUCGACAGCAGUAUCGUGAAUGCAAACAUCGACGAAAACGCUCAGCCUGGGACACCCAUAAGUUUCAGUCAGUCUUUGGCUCUUGGAGUCAGUGACCUUGACAAGGACGUAAACAGUGUCUUCAACCUGAGCUUGUCUGCAUACACUGACAAUUUUGAACUGGUCCCCGUGCUGGUCAGAUCAUCAGCCUCGGUACUCGUGAGGGUCAAGAACAACACCAUACUGGACUACGAGAAAAGAAGCAAUAUAUCAUUCUCUAUCAUUGCCAUGGAGACCGAGACAUCAGAGCACCUAAGUAGUAGUGCACAAGUUACUCUUGUCAUCAAUGACGUCAACGACCAUGAUCCUGACUUUGGUUUACCAUCAUACACAGCCAACGUUACAGAAAACAGCCCCAACGGAACCAGUGUCCUUCUGAUAACUGCGACUGAUGCUGAUUCAAGUAAAUAUGGCAUGGGCACAUAUUCCUUCCAGCGAGGAGAAGACAAGUUUGCAAUCAAUGCUACGAGUGGCGAGGUGUAUGUAACGGGACCUCUAGAUCGAGAAACAAAGUCUCAAUACUCAAUCACAGUGCAGGCCACGGAUCUGGGACAGAGGACCCAGUCGGUCGCCCUGACUAUCAACAUCACUGACAGGAAUGAUGAAACUCCAAGGUUUCAAAGAAAUGAUUACUCAGCAGUUUUGGUAGAGAACAGCAAUGCGUUUAUUAGACCGCUACAAGUACAGGCAACUGAUGAUGAUAAGCCCAACACAGCAAACAGCCGUGUCGUCUACAGUAUCAUCUCAGCAUUUCCCAAUCUGGACUCCAAUUUUAGUGUCAAUCCUUCGUCAGGGUUGAUUCAACCUGUCACACCCAUUGACUAUGACACGUUGAGUAAUCAUUCAAUUGUCCUGGUUGUCGUCGCUGCUGAUGAGGGAGUGACGCCAAAGUCCUCCAACGUCACUGUCUCCAUCACUCUUGAGGACAUAAACGACAACAGUCCAACGUUCACGAAGCCUGCUUACGGGUCAUCUAUAUCUGAAGCUAGCGGUCUUGAUGCGCCUGUCGUUACUGUUACUGCAACUGAUGCUGACGGAAGUAAACCCAACAAUCAGGUCUUCUACCUCAUAGAAAGUGGCGCCUCUGACGCGUUUAAAAUCAAUGGCACAUCAGGGGAGAUAACUGUUGCUGGUGAUUUGGAUAGAGAAAAUCGCAAAUACACUCUUCUGGUAAAGGCCAUGGACAGAGGGUCCCCGGUUCUCUCUUCGUUUGUGAAUGUAACAGUCAACAUUCUUGACGUCAAUGACGAGAAUCCUAAGUUUUCCCGCGAUGUUCAGUUCGCCAGCGUGUAUGAAACUGGUAAAUCUGAGCAGCUAUAUACAUUCAACGCAACAGACCCAGACAAGGAUUCUAGUCUAUCAUACGAUAUUUACUGGGAUGGGAGCAGUGGGCGAGACGAUCUGCAGAAAAGUGUCAAUAAAUCCUACCUACAGAGGGUUGUCAACAUCAAUCAGUCAAGGACGCUGUCGAUAACAGUAUUGGACAUCAACGACAACCCUCCAACAUUCUCCAACACAACUUACUCAGCCGAGGUACUAGAAAACAUGCCUGAAGGCACUCCAAUCACCUUUACAACGCCGUCGGAUAUGAGUGUGUCCGAUGCCGAUUAUGAAACAAAUAGUGAGUUUAAGUUGAUAGUCGGCGGAGGACUGGGCCAUGUAUUUACACCUGUCCCAACGACUGUCCGUUCUUCCUCAUCCGUCAUCCUCCGAGUACAGAACUCAACAUGGCUGGACUACGAACAACAUCAUAACUUCACAAUUAAGCUGAUUGCGAGAGAAACAUUGACGUCUCCUAAGAAGAGUUCUACAGCCACUGUAUACAUUCAAAUUCUCGACGCCAAUGACAACAGCCCGAUGUUCCUGAACACCUCCUACAGCAUCACCAUACCAGAGAACACCAGCAUCCAUACCAGCGUUGUCAAUAUAACCGCGACGGAUCCGGAUUCAGAUAAAUACACGAUGGGAACUUACACGCUAAGUGGGAGCGAGAAUAAGUUUGAGAUCGACAAUAACACUGGCGAAGUGAAAGUUUUUGCUGAUCUGGACAGAGAGGUGAAGUCCCAGUACUUUAUGACCGUCACAGCUGAAGACAAAGGCGGUCGGAAACAAACAGUACCUCUCACUGUCACCUUGUCGGAUGUCAAUGAUAAGAGCCCAAAAUUCAGACUCAAUGAGUACAUCGGAAACAUCAAAGAAAAUCAAAAUAAUUUCUCUACCGAAGUCAGAGUAUCAGCGACUGAUGCGGACGAAGAUCACAAUAGCAACAGCCAAAUCACCUUCAGCCUUGACUCCUCACAACUUGCCAAUAAUUUUUCGAUAAAUGGAUCGAGUGGAGUUAUCUCCCCUGUUGGACCUCUGGACUACGAGAACCUUCCACCAAGCCUGCAGGGCUCUAUUGUUCUUACCGUUAUUGCCACCGACGGCGGCCGUCCCAGAAUGUCUUCCAAUGCUACUGUCCAAAUAAACGUACAGGAUGAAAAUGACAACGACCCCGUGUUUAACGAUACCACGUACAGUGGUGAUGUGAUGGAAUCUGGAACUCCUGGUGAGCACAUCCUGCAAGUGUUCGCCACCGACAGAGACGGCACUGCCCAGAACAGCGAAGUCUUUUACAUACUUUUGGGAGAAGGUUCUUACAAGUUCCAGAUCGAUGGUUCCUCCGGGAACAUCUCGACGGCUGCUACCUUAGAUAGAGAGGCCAAAGCUCAAUACCAACUGACUGUCAUGGCCAUGGACAGAGGGACUCCGCCACGCAGUAGCACCGCCAACGUCACCAUUAACGUAACAGACGUCAAUGACGAUGUUCCAACGUUCCCUCAGAUCACAGUAACCACGUCGGUAGAUGAGACAAACGCCACUGGCAGAAUUCUGUCCAGCAUAUCUGCGAUAGAUCGUGAUCAGAACGCUCAGUUAGAUUACACUAUCUUGUGGAACAUCAGCUCUGGCUUAGAUGAAGAUCUUAAUGACGUCAAUAUAUCCAGAAUACAGGAAAUACUAAAGGUUAACAGUUCUUCCGGCAACAUUGUCCUUAUUGGUGACCUUGACCGAGAGGAGAUUGAGCUCAUCACGCUUGUACUUCAUGUGCAUGACGCCAAUGCUGUUCGAAGGAAACCCCAGACUGCAACGGCUACACUGACGAUGUCGGUGAUCGACGUUGAUGACAACACCCCCACAUUUAACAAGAAUAUUUAUGCGGCAUUUAUAGAGGAAAACUCUCAACCCGGCAUACCCCUCACUCUCCAGCCUCCUUCGUCCAUCACCGUGGAAGACAAAGAUAAGGAUCUUAACAGCGAGUUUUCACUGAGUCUCCUGAACCACGGUGAUAUUUUCGACGUUGUGCCCAGCGUUGCAAGGUCCACAGCUACUGUCCUCGUCAGGGUGAAGAAUUCGUCAAGCCUGGAUUAUGAACAAAUUAAGAAGAUGACGCUUACUCUAAUGGCCAACGAAACCAAAGUUCGUCAUCCCAGGAGUUCCAUUGUGACAAUCCAGUUGAACAUCACCGAUGCCAACGACAACGAUCCUGUGUUUGACAGACCCUCCUACACCGGCAGUGUGCCUGAAAACGCACCGAACGGUUCUUUAAUCUUGCAAGUAGGGGCUCAUGACAACGACUCCGCGCUAUUUGAUGUGAAAAGUUACGGUUUAUUGGGGACCCACUCUAACUUUGUCCUCGACGACGUCACGGGCAAAUUGCUUGUAGCUGUUGGCAGUAACCUUGACCGAGAGAUACAACCUACUUACAGCCUUUCUGUGGAGGUUGUGGACAAGGGAGGUCGAAGGUCAUCCGUCCCUGUUACUGUGAAUGUUACGGAUGUAAACGAUAAUCCUCCUGUAUUCACUAGAGUAGAAUACAGCGCAAACCUCGUAGAAGGGGAUUUAUACUUUGACCGACCUUUGCAAAUCAAGACCACAGACGCUGACCUCGAGGGUACAAACAACACCGCAGUGUUUUACACCAUUCAGUCGCCCUCCAGUUUCCUCAACAACAACUUUUCCAUCAACGGAACUGGGGAAUUGACACCUAGCGGUCCCAUCGACUAUGAGGCUACUGACGUCAAAUCAAGGAAUGGAACCCUUCACCUUCUGGUGGUGGCGAAAGAUGGCGGAAAUCCACAAUUGUCGUCAAAUGUGACUGUCACCAUACACGUGGAGGACAUAAAUGACAACACGCCUCUGUUUACAAACGAACCAUACACGGCUUCAAUUCCUGAAAACGCCACAGAUGGUACAUUUGUGUUGAAUGUAUCCGCGACGGAUGAGGACGGGGAAACCCCAACAAUCAAGUAAUGUUCCAUAGACUCUGGUGGCUCGGACAAUUUCAGGGUGAAUGGAAGAACGGGCAGAAUCACUGUCCAAACAGGAGCUGCGCUGGACCGAGAGCGAGAAGCAAACUAUAGCCUCGUCGUUGUCACCAUUGACCAAGGCACUCCUCCGUUAUCGUCUAACACCACCGUGAUUGUCAACAUCACGGACGUUAAUGACGAACCACCUGCUUUCAGCGUGGAUAGCAGCUCUGCAAGUUUUACGGAAAAUAGUACAGGGAUCUGCUCCUUUACUUUCAAUGCCACUGACCCGGACGAGAUCAGUUUACUGAACUAUACCAUCCUGUGGGAUAGAAGCCUUGCUUAUGACGAAAGAGGAGGCAAUGUCAACAUUUCACUGGUUAAGGACUGGUUCAGCGUGAAUGCAACGACGGGGGAUUUGUGCUCGCUACCAGCUGUGAUAGACAGGGAGACGGCUGAGUCCAUCACGAUCAUGGUCCAAGUACGAGACCUUAAAGCAGAGGAACACAUCGAUAAACAAACUGCUACAGCUUCAGUUUCUGUGACCAUCGUGGACAUCAACGACAACUUCCCUGAGAUAGUGCAGGGCAGCAACAUCGCAGUGAACGUGUCAGAAGGGACGCCGGUAGGGACAGUCAUAAAAACUCUCGAAGCCACCGACAGAGACCUGAGACAAACAGUGACUUUCUCAACCACUUCCGUAGAUUUUAACAUCACAAAGAAAGGUCGCAUUUCACUGGCUAAAAAGCUUGACCGUGAAACCGCAACGACAGUAAACUUCAUAAUCUCUGCCACCGACGACGGUUCUCCACCUCUGACAUCCUCAUCUACCAUCAACAUCGUGGUUCUCGACACCAACGACAACGACCCUCAGUUUUCCAUGCCGACCUACAGUUUCUACGUAUCUGAAGACAGCACCAAUGGAACGGUGGUAGCCACAGUUACAGCCACAGACAAAGAUGAAGGUCACAACGCCAACGUUACCUAUCUAUUGGGGGAUGACAAAGGGGGACUUUUCAGAAUGGAUAGCAUUACCGGUUAUAUCAUCUUAGAAGGAUUGUUGGACCGCGAGUACGUCAGCACAUACAGUCUCACCAUUACAGCUCGGGAUAACCCGGUCUUCGAAACACCGAGGUUAAAACGGACAACCAUCACCAUUGAUGUAACCGACGUUAAUGACAACAGUCCCCAAUUUGAUACCGACUACCACCAACAUCUAAUUUCUGAGAAAACCAAUCAAGGUGACGCAAUACUGACAGUACAUGCAACUGACAAGGAUAUUGGCAACAAUGGCAAAGUGUGGUACUCUCUUCAAGACGAGACGGUCAACUCCUCUGUCUUAUUCACUAUUGAUGCCAUCACAGGCGCUAUCACAGCAGCGAAGGACCUGUUAGGGCUUGCCGAUACCUACACUCUGACGGUCGUGGCCACCGACGAGGGGAUUGGAAACCUCACUGGCAACGCCACUGUGACAAUUACCGUAUUGGACGAGAACCUCAACAAGCCCGUCUUUGUCAACGUCACCGAUAUACCCCCAAUACCAGAGUGUUCCCGAGUGGGUUCACAGAUCUUCCAGUUUUUCGCUACCGAUGCGGAUAGAGACAAGGUUUACAAUGGUAGAGUGGAGUUCAAUGUGACUGUCGACACCCCAGAUACCACCAAACAGCACUUCAGACUGGACAAGUCUACCGGAUCUUUAAAAGUUAACAAACGACUGAACAGCGAAGUGCAGAGUACAUUUACAUUGAAGGUGUUGGCCUAUGACCUGGGUUCCCCCAGUCUGUCGACCAUCUCAAAACAGUACACAAUUAAACUGAAGGACAUCAACGAUAAUCCUCCGAAGUUCAAUCAGUCCGACACAAGACAGAAGCAUUUUUCUGUGCCGGAGAACGUUAACAACACUCAACUUGGACCGAUCCGAGCUGAAGACCCGGACAAGGAUUCUCAAAUCUGCUACACUUUAUCAGACUCGAUUUACAUUGUUAAUCUGAAGAUGAUGCCAUCAACGGACAACAGAACACUGUACCUAGAUGUGGUUCAAUCGUUCGACAGAGAAAACGUCACUUCCUUCACUGUGAAAAUCACAGCCACGGACUGUUCACCGUCUUUCUACAGCCAGCUGUGUGACAAUUCUAGUUUGAACUCCACAACCGUAACACCGUCCAGUCUCAUAACAACAAUUACAAUCCUGGAUAAGAAUGACAACCCACCUGUGUACCGCCAGCCAGUAUUGUCAAAGGGAAUACGAAAUACAGUGACUUUGGGACGAAUCAUUUUUGAACUGGAUACAUUGGUUUACGAUCGUGACAGCCCCAAAUUUAGCCGCCAUGCCUUCUACAGAGUCAACGCAACAGAAGCAGACCCUACCCUCUUGAACACAUUUAACCCCGAGAAACACCCUAUCCCCAUCUCUCUGACAGAAAACGGUACAGUUGCCACCAAUAUGUCGUUCUCGGCUAAUAUGUACGGAUUCUUCAACAUGAAGGUGGCCGUCAACGACAGCGCGGGGAUGGAUAUGGCGGAACUAAAGAUUUUCAUCAUUGCUGACUUCCAAGUUUUGAAAAUCACAUUCCUGCAAAGUAUCGAUGACGUAUUAAGGAUACAGGAUGACGUCUUGAGAGAUAUGAGCAACGCCACAGGAUAUACGUUUCUCACCAAUGACGACGUUGCGUCUCACCUUGACGCGGAUGGAAAUAUACAGCCCUACCACUCGGACAUGUUUGUACAUGCAGUAGAUCCUGUGACUGGUAAAAUACUGGAUGCAGAAAACACUAGACGGAUUAUCGACAGAAAUCAAGCUCUUGGAUCCAAACUCAUUAACAAGUACAAAGUAACACAAAUUGGGGAAGCCGAUGCUAGCGUUGCUAAGCGCGACGACAGCGAGAGACGAAUGUACAUCCUCAUCUCAGUCGUCUGCCUCCUGAGUUUCACCCUGCUCCUCCUAAUCUACAUCUCCUGUAACAGGAUCCAGAGAUAUAGGCGGAAAUUAAAGGCAGCGACGAUUGAUGUGAAAGGUCCAAAGCAUGAAGAAACAGAAGAGACGGGCAAUGUAAACUUCAAUCCUCUGUUCAAUAAAGACAUCGCCAUGCAGGAGGAGAUGGACUCGACAAGCAUUGUCUCAGGUGACUCACUGGACAACAACAUGGUCCUCGACGGUAAUACCGCGAAGAAGGACGAUGAACAGGAGUUCACAGUCAACUUCUUCGACGAGAAACAACAGAUCCGGUACGGCAACAACGCUCUUGGCGAGGUGCUGCGUCAAUACGACUUCAUCGACGAGGAAAUGGGGACAAGGGGACACGACAUGGAAGAUUCUGCAAGCUCCAGCUCGGAACAAGGGAAUUCGAGAACAAACGGAAAACUGAUGAUGAAAAGAGACCAAGAUUUAGGAGACGUGGAUAACCUAGAAUCGACAGAUAUUUGAGACGUGUCUCUGAUCAGUGAACUGAAUUGAAGACCACAGAGACACUCGUGAAAGAAUACACUCUAAGAAGCUUCAGCAACAACUGAAGAUUAGGAAACGUCAAAGACAUGGAAUCGACAGAUAUUUGAGAAGUGGCUUUGAUCAGUGAACUGAAAUGAAGACAGCAGAGACACUCGUGAAGGAAUACAUUCUGUGAAGCUUCACGACUACAGCUUUAUAUACUUUGCUUUGUUUAACUCUUUUGUACGUUGUACAUGUGCCUCCAUAUAUAACCUGUUGUUUGUUGGACUUGCUUUGCUAUGAUGAUAUUUUGUUAUGACAAUAUCAGGCUGUGCCUCGAUGACAGAAUAUCCUUGAUUGUGAAUUCUCACGCAAAUGAGUAUAAGUACUCGCGUGGAUUUCCAGACCAUUUACCGAUCUACAUCAACGCAUUGUUUGCUGUAUCAGUCUUGGGAUAUUCUAAACCCCGUUUGUUUUCUAGAAGUUUUAUGUUUGGAAAAUAGGACGAAUACGUGUCUGGUUACCUGCCUUCAUCAACAGCCCAUCGUUAAUAUACACGUACAUGUUGCUGUCAUCGUCAUCAAAUAAAACUGUCAUAAUUAUAUUAUUGCAUAAUUUUACAUUUAUAUUUAUGUGAUUCGUUAUUCAUAGACUAAUGUGUAUUUACGUUCUAUGCUGUUGAUCAGCAGACAAAAAAUAAUAAUAAACAGUUUAUUAUAAGAUUUUCAUCGGAAUUAUAAAACAAUGUGAAGCAUAUUAAGUAUGAUUUAACAUUCAAAACAAGCCGAUCAAGGCGCUUUGUCGACGGACAGGUUUCUCAUGAAACUAAAAUGCUGGUGUACUUUUAAUUGUAUGGUGUAAUUUAUCAACCAAUGAAAGAAUGGAAUCAUAGUAAUGUUCUUCAUCUGUAGGUACAAAAUUAUGCAAAGGAAUGAACAUUGUACAUGGUACAUAAAGAUGAAAAUCUAAAGAGACUACUUGUAUGACCUUCUUGUGAGAUUUUGUGCAAUAUAAUAAUUACCAAGCAGUAUUCAGAUUACGCAAGAGCAGUAUUGUGACAUUGGUAUUUUUAACAUGUUAUUGUUUACAUUUGAACAUUAUUAUAUCACGCAUGUCAAUUGUUGACCGAUGGAAAGUCAUGUCUGAUCGUUAUCAAUCAUAUCCACACUGUUGUUUGUUGUUGUUGAUGUUUACCCGAAACAGUGUGAUAUGAUAACAUCAUGUAUAAGAUGUGUACAUAACUGGAUGCAGUCAAACUGGUCGCAGUGUACAGAAGACAAAAAUAAACCAUUUUCAUAUU